GGACCAGAAACCGCCUCUAUAUCGCUGUAUGUAAACAGUAACUCUGAUCCCAUAAGAGCUGAGCAGUAAAGUGUGUUACGGUUAUUAAUAACUUCCGUCACAAGAGUUUGCAAAGUCUUCAGAUUGUCCACUGAUACAUAUAUGGAGAACAAAACUGUAAAGUUUAUGUUGAUAUUAGACUGAAUGCAAGCUAUAUUGCAUUCAAUUAAAACUAUUGUAUCGAAACACUCACUUGCGGUUCACGCGAGUUUGCAUCUCACGGCGUUGUGAUCACAGUGCGAGCAGACCUUUUGAAGGAUGGGUAGCUUUUUGGGGCAUGCUGCUAAUGGUGUUUUUUUCAUCGGGUACGCGAUAAUAUGGAUGAUACACCAUGCAUAUCUUCAGGCUUCGGCUAGUUUGCGUCAUGGUAAAACUUCUCAGUGUAAACACGCACGGCGUCUACCAAUCCUUGGAAUGGCGUUCAUGCUUGCUUGUUGCAUCGGACUCAUCGUCGGCGAAAAUGUUCACCCUGUUCUGAAAUGGCGAAUCGUCGACGAAUCCGGAAAUUGGGAGCCGUACGGUAACGUUUGGCUGCACUGCUCGAUGGCCAUGUUCUUUGGUUUAUAUUCUGUUGUUAACCUCUUAAAACACACGUGCCUACCCUCCGCCGCCAAGUUUGAAAUGCUAAUCGCAUCCCUGGCAUUUGGUGUCGAAGGAUUCAUAUUUGUUUGCCAUAUUGUCUUACCAGAUAAUAAGGCCAAGAAGGGAAUGGUUCCUCACGUUCUUCUUCUUAUCCCCAUAUUCGUGUGCUUCUUUGCGACAUUGUGUGAAGUGUUUACAAAGAAUCAUCUACUCGAACUCUCCUACAUCCGGACAGUUGCGAUCCUCCAGCAAGGAACCUGGUUCAUGCAGAUGGCCUGUAUCCUUUUCAAGAACCCUUGGGGUGAUGAAGCAAUAGAUCACGAAUAUGCUGCGGUGUUCUUCUCAUGGCACCUCUUCGUAAACAUCCUCCUUCUCAUCGUAGUAUACAAUGUGACUGCGUUGAUUGUUCGUCAGGGUCGGUCGUUGACGUCGGGAAAUGGCGCCUCAUAUUCGUUAUUGGAUAAAGAAAGAGACGAUGAUAUUGGAAUGGACGACCUAGAGGAAAAAUCAUCAUGUCUUCAAGCCUGACUUGACUCUGAUUCCAUGGACUUUAUUUAAUAUCACUAAUAUGAAUACCUGGAAAUCAUUAAGCUCUAUGAAAUGUGCCAUAAAGAUUCGCACUAUACCUGAAUAAAGAAAAGUUAAGUUAUUAGAAAAGUUUAAGUUAUUAUGCUAAAAAACUAUGGAAUGAAUUGCCGGUAGAAACUAACUGUAAACCAACUUACUUUGCUUUAAAAAGAAGUUUAUGAUAUUUGUGAUAUCAUGUUUGACUUUAGGUAACAAAAUAACUGAUUUAUUUUUCUUCUCUUUUUUAUUGUUCUCUUUUUUCUGUUCCUUUUCUUUGUUUUUCUUAAUUAGGGCCUGUUUGGAAUAUUUCUCGCCUUCUGACCAUAAUAUGUAUAUAUGAAUGUGUAUGUUUUAUUUACCUUUGUACAAUACUGUAUGUAAACCAUAUUAAUCUAAUGUAUGUUUCUAUGUAAAGUAAAAUUGUGAUUGCUUUUAUAUAUUCACGGCCAUUCUGAAGAACAGCCACAUGGCUGAAGUAUGCCACCGUGCUAAAAUAAAAUAAACGAAACGAAACGAACUUUCUAUGGUUUCCCAAAAGAGUCCCAUUAUAGGAAACAAUCGGAAAAUAUAGUAAUAAGCACUAGAUUCUUUCAUCUUCCUUUCUUUCGUCUUGUCCUCCUUGCUUUAAAUUACGCUUUCGUUUGACCAUAUUAUAUUAUUUUCGUACAUAGAUAAUUUUCGUAUUUUAGACUUAUGGAUUGUUACAUCAUAGGCCUAAUGUUCUUCUACAUUUUAUAAGUUUUGUGCAUUAUUAUACUUUAUCAAUAUCUUUAUUUAAAGUUCGUAGAAUUUGUAUCUUUUAGUGAUUGUGUAAAUGAAGUAGAACGUACUUUUUUGCUGGCCAUAUUUUUGUCAAUUGUAAUUUUGACAUUUUGCACUCAACUUAAAAAUUAUGAUUUUUGUUAACCUUAGUAAAAAAGAAAAUUGAGAACAAUCCUACAUGUUUGGAUUCUAAUUAAUGAAUUUGAAUUAGUGAAAAGCAAUUUGUUGGAAUUCGAUUCCCAUCCUGACGGUGAAAUUGAGCAUGAAUCCAAAUUUAUCUGUUUACAAAAAAAAACGGAUUUAUUUAUAUUUCUUUCUUUCAAGUAUUACAUUAGUUCCAGUCCGUUUUCUCACAAACAGUCUUCAUUUCAGGAGCAAUUCUUUUUAAAAAUAAAAUUAAAAUCAAUAAAA